AUGAUUUAUGAUUUAGCAAGUGAAGAACUAUUGAAUAAUGACUUUUUCUCAGAUAAAGAUACUGUGUUUGAAUUGGAUGAAGAAAUACAAUCUAUAGAUUUCGAUUAUGAUGAAAUUAUUAGUAAUAUUACUAAGCAAAGUAUCUCAAUUAAAAACCUAGUAGACACAACAGAUAUUUUGGAUAAAAUUAAACAAAAUAUAUAUAAUACACUAAUAUACUAUUGGAAUGAUCCAAAUGAUCUUGGUUUAAUAACAACCUUGCUAAACCCUCAUUACAAAAGUUUAGACUUUCUCAGUAAUGAUUCUGAAAAACAAUUUAUUAUUCAAAAACUUCAUAAUAAAUUUAGUGAAAUAGAAGAAUCA